CUUUGUUUGUUUUCUGAAUAUUGGAUUCCCCGUGCAAGCAGGUCUUCAGAUUAUCUGAUGGCUGGCGGUGGAAAACAUACACCUCCCAAGGAUUUUGUUUGCCCCAUCACCGGCCAUUUAUUUGAUGAUCCGGUGACUCUAGAGACAGGUCAGACCUACGAGCGCAGAGCAAUACAGGAAUGGCUUGAUAGGGGAAACUCAAUCUGUCCGAUAACCAGGCAUCAGGUUCAGAACUCCCACCUACCUAAAACAAACCAUGUGCUCAAGAGGCUUAUAGCAAGCUGGCAAGAACAGAAUCCUGGCUCUGCAAUCCCAUGUCAGUCAGGUGACCAACAUGUUGAGCCUGAGCUUGAGGCUAUGAUUAAGCCAGAGAUAGUUCCAGUAACUUCUCCCAACAGUGUCAUAAACCAAGCAGUGAUGGAUAGGACAACUACUGAACUCUGCCAUGCCAUUACAAAACUUUGCAUGUCAGAAGUCCUUAAAGACUCUGAAAUGGCUGUCCUCCAAAUAGAGCGAUUCUGGCAAGAAAUGGGGAUGGAUUUGGAUUUGGAUGCUCAAACUAUGCUCUCAAAACCUUCUGUCAUCCAUGGAUUUGUGGAGAUCCUUCUCAAUUCCAUCGAUCCCCAGGUGCUGAAAUCAACUGUUUUUCUCCUCUCUGAUCUGGGUUCAAGAGACAGAGCUGUCAUCCAGACACUUACUCAGGUUGACUCCAAUUUAGAAUGUAUUGUAGCUCUCUUCAAGAAGGGUUUGUUUGAGGCGGUUGUCUUGAUAUAUCUACUUCGACCUUCAAUUCCCAGGAUGAAGGAGAUGGAAAUGGUGGAAUCCCUUCUAACAGUUAUCAAUAAGAAAGAUGAGGAAAUGAUAAAGAUAUGUCUGAAGCCAAAAACAGCUUCUGUGAUCUUACUGCAGCAGAUUCUCCACUGCAAUGAAGAGAGUGUUGUAUCUUCAAUCGUUGGUUCAAUUGCUUCUUCUAAGGAAAUUCAAACCAUUAUUGGAAGCUUGGAAUCUGAAUUGACAGAGGAGAGGAUAGCUGCAAUUGGCAUCUUAGUGAAAUGCAUGCAAGAAGAAGGCAAGUGCAGAAACACCAUAGCUGAUAAAGUAGAGUUGGCUCCAGUUUUAGACAGCUUCAUCAAUGUGAGUGAUGGAGAUCGCUUUGUGAUGGUUCAAUUCUUCUCUGAGUUGGUCAAAUUGAAAAGAAGGAAACUCAAUGAGCAAAUUCUCCAGAUGAUUAAAGAUGGAGGUUCUUUUAGCACAAUGCACUCUCUCCUUGUUUAUUUACAAACAGCACCUCCAGACCAGUGUCCUGCUGUAGCUGGUCUCCUACUCCAACUUGAUCUCAUGGCUGAGCCAAGAAAGAUGAGCAUAUACCGGGAAGAGGCAGUAGAUGCUAUCAUUUCAUGCCUGAGGAACUCCGAGUCCCCUGCUGUUCAAAUAGCAGCUGCAGAGACAAUUGUAGCACUGCAAGGGAGGUUCACUGCCUCAGGGAAGCCCCUUACCCGACCUUUUCUUCUAAAACAUGCUGGACUUGAGAGAAGUUACAGACUUCUUAUGCGCAAGGAGCAACUAAGCAACAUUUCAGGAGAAUUAAAAGAUGUAUCUGAAGAAGAGAGGGCAGCUGAUGCUUGGGAAAGAAAAAUGGCCUUUGUUCUAGCAAGCCAUGAAUUUGGCCUGCUGUUUGAAGCUUUUUCAGAAGGGAUAAAGAGCAGACAUGCAGAGUUAAGUUCAGCAUGUUUUGUGGCAGCAACAUGGCUCAUAUACAUGCUUGGUGUUCUUCCAGACACAGGGAUAAGAGGAGCAGCCCGAGUCUGCUUACUCAGCCGCUUCAUAUCUAUAUUCAAGUCAGCAAAGGACAUUGAAGAUAAAUCUCUUUCUUUGCUAGCUCUCAAGAGCUUCAUGCAAGAUCCUGAAGGCCUCCAGGAUCUGAGUUCCUAUAUGAAGGACAUUUGGAAAGGUCUAAGAGAACUUAAAAGAUGUUCUCCUUUGGCAAUUGAAAUUCUGAAAGUUCUCUGUGAAGGGCAGGGGUCAAGCGCUGACUUGUGGAAUCACAAAGAACUGCUUCAAGUUGAUUCAAGUGAGAAUGGUGAAGUGUUGUCAAUAGCAUGCUUCAAAGACAAGAUCUUUUCUGGCCAUUCAGAUGGAACAAUAAAGGUCUGGAAUGGUAGAGGCAACAUCCUUCAUCUUAUACAGGAAAUUAGAGAACAUACCAAGGCAGUUACUAGCUUGUCAAUUUUACAAUCUGGUGAAAGACUUUAUAGUGGCUCACUUGACAAAACUGCAAGGGUUUGGUCCAUUGGUAAUGAAGUAAUACACUGUAUACAAGUACAUGAUAUGAAGGAUCAAGUUCAUAACCUAGUUGUGGCCAACAGCAUUUCAUGCUUCAUUCCACAAGGAGCUGGGGUCAAGGUAUAUCAUCAAUUUCACUCCAAUUUCCCUUUCUGUUCCUGAGUAUUGUUAUCUAGAUUUAGCCAUGCACAUUGAUGUGCUUUCAUUGUUCUCUUUUCCCUUUCAGGUUCACUUUUGGAAUGGACAAUCAAAAGUCCUGAGUCCAAAUAAAUACAUCAAAUGCUUGGCUCUUGUCCAUGGAAGAUUAUAUUGUGGAUGCCAUGAUAGCAGUAUCCAGGUAACAGGUCCUCUCUGGUACAAUUUAUUGGCAUAAUUUCUCAGAAUCUGUUUUGCAGUAGAAUCCUGACAAGAAAAUUGUGUUUCUCAGGAACUGGAUUUGGCAUCAGGAACACUCAGUACAAUUCAAAGUGGGACAAGAAAAUUACUUGGAAAAGCAAAUCCUGUCCAGGCUCUCCAAGUUCAUGACAGAUUGAUAUAUUCAGCCAGCUCUUCCUUGGACGGAGCAACAGUGAAGGUAUGAAGAAACUUCUGCAUUAAGA